AUGAAAGAGACGGUUGUUGAUGUGGCGCCAAAAUGUAUAUCUGGACUUCAGUUCGGUGCACUUUCAGAUGCCGAAAUUGUAGCUCAAUCUGAGGUCGAAGUUUCUACCAGAAACUUGUUUGAUUUAGAUAGGGGUAGACUGCCAGUGAAAAGUGGUGCCUUAGAUCCUCGAAUGGGUAUUUCUUCUAAUGCUUCUGAAUGUGUUACCUGUCACGGUAAUUUGGCUACUUGUCACGGUCAUUUUGGUCACAUCAAGUUGGCAUUACCUGUUUUCCAUGUGGGUUAUUUUAAAGCAAUUAUUCAGGUGCUACAAACGAUCUGCAAGAAUUGUUCCGCUGUGUUAUUGGAUGAGAAUUGUAAGAGGAAGUUUCUGACUGAACUAAGAAGACCUGAUCUAGACAACUUGCGCAAGAUGAAGAUCGUCAGGAAAGUUUUAGAUCAGUCCAAAAAGCAGAGAAGAUGUCUUAGAUGUGGUGCCUUGAAUGGUGUUGUGAAAAGGGCCGCUGCAGGUGGUGGUCCUGCCGCUUUGAAGAUUAUCCACGAUUCGUUCAGAUGGGUUGGUAAAAAAGGUGCCGAGGAAAAAACUCAAUGGAAUGAAGAUUUCCAAAUGUUCUUCGAAGAGAAUCCGGAUUUGGAAAAGUUUUAUAAGCGUUGUUAUGAUGAUCUGAAUCCUCUUAAGGUCCUCAACUUGUUCAAACAGAUUUCCCCAACCGACUGUGAGCUCUUGGGUAUUGAUCCUUCAAAAGGUGGAAGGCCUGAAAUGUACAUCUGGCGAUACCUUCCCGCACCACCUGUCUGCAUUCGUCCGUCAGUCAUGAUGGGGGAGUCUAACACUUCGAAUGAAGAUGAUUUGACGGUGAAGUUGACAGAAAUUGUCUGGACUUCUUCUAUGAUUAGAGCUGGUAUUCAAAAAGGUAUCACAUUGAAUUCUCUUAUGGAGCAAUGGGACUACCUUCAGUUGGCCGUGGCAAUGUACAUCAAUUCUGAUGUUGUUUCCCCUAAUAUGAUGCCUGGAUCCAGUGGUAGUUCGAAGACCUCCAAGCCUAUCAGAGGCUUUUGUCAGAGAUUAAAGGGUAAACAAGGUAGAUUUAGAGGUAACUUAUCCGGUAAGAGAGUCGAUUUCAGUGCCAGAACGGUGAUUUCACCUGAUCCUAAUCUUCGUGUGGAUCAGGUGGCUGUUCCCGAACUUGUUGCCAAAGUUUUAACGUACCCUGAAAAGGUCACUCGAUACAACAAGAAAAAGUUGCAGCAGUUGACCAGAAACGGUCCUGACGUUCAUCCUGGGGCUAACUAUAUUAUGAAAAAAAAUGAAAAUGUGAAGAGAAACUUGAGGUACGGUGAUAGAAAUAAACUUGCAAGAGGCUUGAGUUAUGGUGAUGUUAUUGAGCGUCAUCUUGUUGACGGAGAUGUGGUGUUAUUCAACAGACAGCCGUCGUUGCAUAGGUUGUCUAUAUUGGCACAUUAUGUCACUGUCAAACCGUGGAGAACAUUUCGUUUCAAUGAGUGUGUAUGCGCCCCCUAUAAUGCAGAUUUCGACGGUGAUGAAAUGAAUUUGCAUGUGCCCCAGACUGAAGAAGCAAGAGCAGAAGCUGCCACGUUGAUGGGUGUCAAAAGUAACUUGUUGACGCCUAAAUCCGGAGAGCCUAUCAUUGCUGCCACCCAGGACUUUAUCACGGGUUCCUUUUUGAUCACUCAUAAGGAUUCUUUCUAUGAUAGAGCAGUCUUUACACAGAUGUGUGUGAUGAUGUCUGACGGCACCAGCAAGUUCGACUUACCUCCACCGGCUGUUAUGAAACCAGUUUACAUGUGGACUGGUAAGCAGCUCUACAGCUUGUUGAUCAGGCCUAACCACGAAUCCAAUGUGCUUCUUAACUUCGACUCCAAGUGUAAGACUUUCUCUCCGCCUCCUCUUGGGAAACGGAAUGAAAUGUCCAGCAACGAUGGAUACGUUCUUGUAAGAAACUCUCAAUUGUUGUCGGGAGUUAUGGAUAAAGCACUUCUCGGUGGAGGCAAGAAGACGUCUCUUUUUUAUACAAUUCUUAGAGAUUAUGGUGCAGAGGAAGCAUGCCAGGCUAUGAAUAGAAUGGCUAAAUUGACGGCAAGAUAUAUGGGAGAGAAAGGUUUCUCCAUCGGUAUCAACGAUGUGAUCCCUAGUGAGAUUGUCAAAGAGAAGAAGGAGGAGAUGGUUCGGGCCGCUUAUAAGAGUUGUGACGACUUAAUUGAGUUGUUCAAAAAGGGCAAGUUGGAAACGCAACCUGGUUGUAACGAAGAGGAGACCUUGGAGUCAAAAAUUGGUGGAUUGUUAUCCAAAGUUAGGGAAGAAGUAGGUGAUAUUUGUAUCAAAGAAUUGGAACCAUCCAACGCUCCUUUGAUUAUGGCCACUUGUGGCUCUAAGGGUUCCACUUUGAAUGUUUCCCAGAUGGUGGCUGUUGUGGGGCAACAAAUUAUUUCUGGUCAUAGAGUUCCUGAUGGAUUCCAAGACAGAACGCUACCUCAUUUUCUUAAAAACUCCAAGACUCCGCAAUCGAAAGGUUUCGUCAGUGACUCCUUCUAUUCCGGAUUGAAUCCCCCUGAAUUUUUUUUCCAUGCCAUUUCAGGUAGAGAAGGAUUGGUGGAUACUGCCGUCAAGACUGCCGAAACCGGUUACACCUCCAGAAGAUUGAUGAAGUCCAUGGAAGAUUUGAGUACUCUUUACGACGGCACCGUCAGAAAUUCUGGUAAUGGUAUCGUGCAAUUCAAAUACGGUGCUGAUGGCUUGGAUCCUAUGGAUAUGGAAGGUAAUGCUGUUCCUGUGAACUUUGAAAGGACUUGGGGACACUGCUUCUUUGUCACCUUGAAUCAUAAUGAUAGAGCCUUGUAUCCAUAUGAGGUUACAAAGUUUGUUAACUUAACACUUGAUCCUUUAAAGAAUAGGUUGAUUCGUCGUGAUAAUGUGGGUAAGGUUGUUCCUAAAAAGGAUUGUGAUAAGAUUGAGUUUGUGGAUAAGUAUGAUGCCGAGAGAAACUUCUAUAUCUCCAUCAAGCAGUUCAUUUCUAGCAAGGUGAAGAUAAUUGCUAAGUUGAGAGAAGAAAAGUCUUUGGAUCCUAUGAGGAAAAAGCACUCUAAACUCCAAAGCCCGUCAAGGAAUGCUGAGACCAGUGAAGAACAUCUUGUUAACAAAUUGCAUAAGAUUUCACGUCCAAUGAUUAAGAAAUUCCUUGAUAUGUGUCUUACCAAGUAUGUUAGAGCUAGAGUUGAGCCUGGAACUGCAGUGGGUGCCAUUGGUGCACAUUCUAUUGGUGAGCCUGGUACGCAGAUGACAUUGAAGACGUUCCACUUUGCUGGUGUCGCUUCGAUGAAUGUUACUUUAGGUGUGCCUCGUAUCAAAGAGAUUAUUAAUGCUUCGAAGUUCAUCUCCACCCCGAUUAUUAAAGCCGUUCUGGUGAAUGAUCAGGAUGAAAGAGCAGCCCGAGUCGUUAAGGGUAGAGUUGAAAAGUCCAUUCUUGAAGAUCUCGCUUUUUAUAUUGAGGAUGUUUACAAGGAAGGUCAGGCUUUCUUGCAAGUUAAGGUUGACUUGGAUACAAUAGAGAAAUUACAGUUGGAAUUGACCACAAGUCAGAUAGCCAAUGCAAUUGUGGCUUCGAAGCUUAAGAUUCCAAGAUCGGAUGUCGCUGUCGUUGGCAGAAAUAAGAUUCAAAUAUUGGUCAGUGAGAUGUGUCUUGAAAACGGUAAACCAUCAUCUAGAUCUACUGCUUCGAGAGAAAUCGUUGCGCUAGCCAACCGAGAUCCUGAAGAAAAGGCCAGAUUGCAGAAAAGUGCGUUGUUUUAUAAGAUGCAACUGUUAAAGAGACAGUUGACAAAAGUGGUUGUCAAAGGUUUGCCGGAAGUCUCUAGGGCAGUCAUUAAUGUGCGUGAUGAUGGCAGGAAGGAGUUGCUUGUUGAAGGUUAUGGCUUGAAAGACGUUAUGGCUACCGAUGGAAUUGUCUCCAGCAAAACGCAUACUAAUCACGUAAUUGAGAUUUUCCAUGUUUUGGGUAUCGAAGCCGCUAGAUCCAGUAUCGUGUCUGAAAUCGAUUACACGAUGCGUUCUCAUGGUAUGGUGGUGGAUCCACGUCAUCUUCAAUUAUUGGGGGAUGUGAUGACCUAUAAGGGGGAAGUUUUGGGUAUUACAAGAUUUGGUUUGGCCAAGAUGAGAGAUUCGGUGUUGCAGUUGGCUUCGUUCGAGAAGACUACUGAUCAUUUAUUCGAUGCAGCCUUCUAUAUGAAGAAUGACGAGGUAGAAGGGGUUUCCGAAAGAAUUAUCUUGGGACAGACAAUGGGUAUUGGUACAGGUUCAUUUAAGCUAUCUGUUAAGAAUAAGAUACCGAAGGACAGACUCAAGCCUAAGGAGGCAAUCUUUGACAACUUGUGUAAUGGUAUCGUUCCACCCUCCAUUAAGGUGGCUUAA